GCGGGACGCGGCGAGCAAAGGCGGGCGUGUGUGGCCGCAGCGGCAACCUAGCUUGCGAGCCAUGGCGGAACCUGUGAGGAGACGCGGCCGGAGACCCCGAGGCAGAGGGGGAGGCGUCGGGCGAGGGGCCCGGGGGGCCCAGGGCGGCCGAGGACGGCCUCCCCGGAUCCAGCAGCCUCCAGCCCGGCACAGUCUGGACACGGUGCUCGUGGAUUUAGUCAGCGACAGCGACGAGGAUGUCCUGGAGGUCUCCACGGCGUGCGAUGUCGCCGACCCGGCUGAGGUCCCGCCCCCGGCAUCUCCCGUGCCGGCCAAGCCCCGGGACGACAGCGACAGUGACAGUGAAGGGUCGGAGGCGAGGCCUGCGGGGCCCCCCCGGGCCGUGGUCCGGCAGCGGCGGCGGCGGCUGGUGCUGGACCCAGAGACCGCGCCGGUGGUGCCGGUGUACUCGGGCAAGGUGCAAAGCAGCCUUCAACUCAUCCCAGAUCACUUGUCCCUUCUGAAACUGUACCCAGCGGGGGCUGAGGAAGACACGGACGUGGCCGACUCUAGCAGUUCCCAACUUGAGGAUUCUCUAACCACAAGUUCUCCCUGGAAGAAGAAGCUCCGGAGUAGCGAUGAGGACAAAGAGAAGGAAGAGAAGGGACUUCUAGCAGAGAAUGAUUCUUUGCCUCCGUCUGCACCAAGGAACAAAAGCAGAAAGCACAGUCGGGCGCUCAAGAAGUUAAGGGAAGUGAACAAGCGCCUCCACGACCUGCGGUCCACCUUGAGUCCCAAGCAGCAGCAGGAGCCCAACCCCCAGGGCCAGGACGACGAGGUGGUCCUGGUGGAGGGGCCUGCAUUCCCCGAGCACCACCGGCUCUUCCCACUCAAGAUUCGGUGCCGUGCUGACCUGGUCAGGUUGCCCGUCAGGAUGUCGGAGCCCCUACAGAGUGUGGUGGACCACAUGGCCACCCAUCUUGGGGUGUCCCCAAGCAGGAUCCUCUUGCUCUUUGGAGAGACGGAACUGUCCCCUACCGCCACCCCCAGGACGCUGAAGCUCGGAGUGGCCGACAUCAUUGACUGUGUGGUGCUAGCAAGUUCUUCAGAGGCCAAGGGAACAACAUGCCAACAGCUGCAGCUGCGGGUGCAGGGCAAGGAGAAGCACCAGACGCUGGAGGUGUCGCUGUCUCCCGCGUCCCCUCUCAAGACCCUCAUGUCCCGUUAUGAGGAGGCCAUGGGACUUUGCGGACACAAGCUCUCCUUCUUCUUUGAUGGGACAAAGCUCUCGGGCAAGGAGCUGCCAGGCGACCUGGGCAUGGAAAAUGGGGACCUCAUUGAGGUCUGGAGCUGAAAGCCCACACCCCUCUGUCAGGGGGAGAAGGCCUGUUCCCGCUGCAACUCCCCUGCCCACUUUUUGCCCAGUAAACGCUAGCAAAAGCUGAAGUUUAACUUGAAGCUGCCGCGAACUCCAGGAGUGACGUUUGAGGCCUGCUAUCCACGCUUGGCGUGAAGCCUGGCAGCCUGUGUGCCGGCUGCGCUGUGUUGGCCUGGCUGCGGCAGCCUCAGGUGCUGGAGGACAACCUCUGACCCUUAGCACUUCCCCUCCGCCGGCACGUCUCUCUCGUUCGUCAUCACAGCGCGUGUGCACUGAAGCGGCCCUCAGGCUUAAAGGAGGAACUCCAUUGGCGAGGGGAGCCUGGAGUUCAAGGGCUGGCCGUGGCCUUGUCCUCCUCCCAGAGCUAGCGGCUCGGUCUGCUAGAGGCAUGUGUGCUGCUGUGCUUGGCCUGGCACCCAAUCUUCAGAGUUCAUCACCUUUUUUCUUCUCCUUCCCUGUCCUCAUCCAUUUCUCCAUGUUUUGCUGAUUUUUCCCAACAUAUCUUUGGAUGUGACUGUCUCCUGAUAAGAUGUUUGGAGUGCGAAUUUGCUUUGACUGCACAUUCUGGGCACCGAGCCAUCGGUUCUGUGCCAUUUUCAUGCACUGAGUGUGAAGAUCCAGCCCCGUUGCCGGUUUGAGACCUAUGUCACCCACUGCGCUGGAACUCUGCACUGCACCACUGGCCACAUUUCACCAACACAGCCAAAAGUUGGUGCCCGUCGGCACAUCCCACUUCUUGCCAUUGCAUACCAGGCUGUGAUGCAAACCCAUAUAUGUGCUUGCUGGGGAACUUCUGCAGCAUGCUUACCCAGAAUGCGAUGACAGAUCGUACAAGGUCAAUUUUUCUGUGGUUUUCUAGAUUUUUCUACGAAGUGGAAUUGAUCCUUCUCCCCAGAAAGGUUUCCCUCUCUGUAUCGUCUUCUCCGGCACUGGCUGUUGACCAGCUAACUCCUUCAGUGCUGCCAGUCUGGUGGGUGUAAAUGGGCUGGCACUGUGUUGAGCAUGUACUGAUCCGAGAACCUUCUGUUGACUUUUUCUCACACACAGCACCCUUUCUGGCCUCCCCUUCCGUGCAGCCGCUCGUCGCCUCACUUCUUGGCCUUCGGUGGUUCAUUCUCAGGAUCUACUUGCGUAUUUCUGGGCGGUUGCAAAGAACUCUGGGAACGGCACGUUGUUUGUUCGUACUUUAAGGCUCUCCCUCCGUGGAUAGGCCUUCUUAACUUUAUUGCAGAUGAGUGAAUUAUCUUAUUGUAAAAGUUGGUUGCUUCUUGAUGUCCUGUUUCAGAGAAGUUGAGAUGUUUUCCGUUUUUCUGCUGUUAGCCCAUGAGGCAUCCCUUUCACAGCAAUGCCGCUCACUAGGGGCCAGGCUGGCUGGUGGCUCCCUGCUGGCAUUCCCUGGGCUGCCAUCCCUUCUAUAGGAUGUCUGUCCCGGGUCCCGUUAGUGGAUGCUGGGCUGCGCUGGCUGCUAGAUCCUGAACAGCCCUUCUGAACUAUUUGAGAUGCACCUUUGUAGCAGAGACCAAGUUUUGUUUCACAGCCUGAAUUGAGCCUGUUUUCCUCAAUACCAUCUACUAUGAGAAGUCUUCGCUGUCCAAUGAGAGGAGCAAUAAAUUCAGCCUAAGUAUGUCAGCCUCUUAAAAAAUUUUGAGAAUAAUCCUCAGUGUGGUUUUCGCUGCUGCAGGUGUUUUUUUUUUUUUCAGCUCUCUUAUGUCUGUUAAUAAGCUCAACACAUUACAAUUAUGUAUUCAAUCCUGACAAAAUAAACUGCAAUACAUGCA